CCCCCCACUAGCUCUCUCUCUCUUUCUAUCUCUCUCUCUUUUCUUUCUCCACCCACCCCUGUGUUUUCAGGGUCAGUUAGUGCCAACAGCCCAAGUAGGGACAUAUGCACAAAACGAAGCCAGUGUGCACUUUUUUUUCAGUAUUUUCUUUUUUGUGAUUUUGUCAUCCUUAUCGUCUUGUCUCUCAGGAAAACUAUGCUGCACUUGACAGCCGGACGUGUGGCGGGUCUUUUUUCCAGACGGGGAGUGGCUGCAUUAAGCUCCAGCAGUGUCAAGAUGGCCAGUCAUGGGCAUGGUGGGGUGACAGAACAGGCAGACAUGUCUGUACCCCUCUACUGGGACCGUCUGGACACUCCCCUGCCUGACAGACCAUACAAAGACACCCUCAGUGCUGCAGACAAGAGCCUGAAGCAGAAGGAGAAAGGCCCCUGGAACAGCCUCUCCAAGGAGGAGAAACUUGCCUUGUACAGGAUUACAUUUAAUGAGACAUACGCUGAGAUGAAGAAACCAACGGGUGAGUGGAAGACGGUGAUGGGCGGCAUCUUUUUCUUCAUUGGGUUCACUGGCUUGGUUGUUCUCUGGCAAAGGUACUAUGUGUAUCCCCCUCAUCCUCGUACCCUUGAUGAAGAAUGGCAGGCUAUGCAGGUGCAGAGGAUGCUGGACAUGCGAGUGAGUCCCAUUGAGGGUAUCUCAGCCAAAUGGGACUACGAGAAGGGCCAGUGGAAAUAGAUAAAAGGAAAUGCAGCUGUGAGCAACACGUAAAAACCUUGCUACUUAUCUGCCAUUCUCCUUUGGCAGUCUUCAUGCAUCACUAUGCCGUCCUUGCAAGUAUGCAAACACUUGAAUAAUAUCCAAUGGGCAACCAUGUAAAAUUUGAAUUUGAAGCGAGAAAAUGAAUCACAAGUGUUUCUUCUUGACUGACGGAAGUAAAACUUGAAAGAAAUAACA